UUCAGAUAGCAAUCUGGCUGACAAUCUUCAAGUCAUAAAAUUUUUGGAGCCUUAUCCUGUUAAUCGUCCCCCUUUCUCUCUCGGUCUGUCUCUUCCCCCUCCUUUAUUCUCCCCUCACCAGAAAAACAAGCGCCACCCUCAAAACCCGACAAUGUAGACCAACACAAUGCAAGACACACUCCCUUUCCUCUCCAAAAACAACCCUUUCCCUCCCUUACUGUCCUCCCCCCACCACCACCACCAUAAACACCAUGAUUUUCCUUCACUUUCUCGCCCAAGAAACCUCCACUUCCCCACUUUUUCUUCCAAAACAAUCACUAGUCCUCUCCCUCCCAAACCACCCAAAAUCCCAGAAAUCCCUUCCAUAUCCCCACCCCCAAGCUCCCACUCCGACUUCCAAGAAAAAAUGCUUCACCUUGACUCCAUCGGUCUUGAUUUUUUCUCCCUAAUCCAACACCACCCUCCCAUCAUAACCACCUCUCUCGAUGAUCUAAAAUCAGCGGUUGAUUUUCUCACCUCCUUCAACUUCACUACGCUCGAGCUACGGCGAAUCCUCUCCAUGUGUCCUGAAAUCCUAACCACCAAACCAACUUCGCUGCUCCCAAUCUUCACUUUCCUCCUCCGCGAAGCCCGCGUCAACGGCUCUGAUUUAAAGAAAGUAAUCAACCGACGACCCAGAUUGCUCACAUGCAACGUGGAAACCCAGCUGCGUCCCACCCUCUAUUUCCUUCAAAACAUCGGCAUCUCCGAGUCAAGUCACCUGGAGAUGAACUGAGGGGAUGUUCAGUUCUCUAUGUCAGUAAAUGUAAGUCUUGCUUAAGUUCUCUGUGUUACCUGAAAUCAAGUUAUAUCCCUGCUGAAUUCUGAGUCAGUUAUGAUGGCUGGCCUAGGUUUUGACAUGAUAAUUACCAAGGCAUUCGAUUAUAUUAAUAGAUAGUUCAAGUAUCAGCUAAGUUGGAACCAUGCCUCAGCAAACAACUUUUGUUUUCUUCCAUUAUGGACUUGAAAGUACUGUCCUCCCCUUCCUGAAGCAUCAUUUCUCCUGUCAUUGGUAUCUAUGAAAUUAAGAUGGUUUUAUAGUUGUUCGUAGCAGCAUUUAGUUGAAGUUGAAAGAUUGUGUCGACACUUGGUCUUUGACCCCUAUCUAAUUCUUGGUUGGAAGGAGGAUGAGAACUGAGACAGUAAAAGAGAUAAUAAUAAUAAUAAACCUUUGGUGUAUAAUCCUAUUAAGCAAGCUUGUUUGUGGGCUGUGGCCAUGCUGGAUUGUUCACUUGCAUUUUCAGUGGCCUAAUCCAUGCCUUUGGACAAA